UUAACUCAUAUGUAAAAGACCUUCCAUAAGUGAACCAGCCUUUCUGUGCAUCUUGCAAAGCAGUGGAAGCAUCUGGAGAUGGAUGGACGAGAUACAGUGUUCUGACCAGCACCAGAAUGACAAGAAUCACCUCAGUAACCCUGAAGAGGAACCACUGAACUGCGAUCCUGUACCCGCAGCACAUUUUAAUUAAUGUCUUGUGUGUACCUGUGUGUGAGUAUAGUCCAGCUGCGUCCAGAUAUCACUUAGUAAAUACACUCAUCCAGUGUCCAACUGUAUCUCCACUGAUACUCAUUUGGUGUUUCCUCACGCUAUCACAUCUAAGAAAACAUUUACGUUCACCUGAUCAACUUGAAAGAUGACAGACACCCUUCAAACAACAAUGCGUCAUCUUCACUAACAUCAAGCAAAAUGCAUACGUCUUUCCGUCUAACCUCUGAUGAAGGGUCUAGGCCCGAAACGUCAGCUUUUGUGCUCCUGAGAUGCUGCUUGGCCUACUGUGUUCAUCCAGCUCCACACUUUGUUAUCUUGGAUUCUCCAGCAUCUGCAGUUCCUAUUAUCUCUCCUCAUUUUGCAGUCUGGUUACUUCCUCCUCUCUCUCGAUGGCGAUGUGUCAUUUGAAUCUGAGACGGGCUUGUGAGCUACUUAUUAUCUCUGCCUUCUGUGUUGGUCAGAGUCAGUCCUUAUAUCUGCCUGUGAAUGGAUCCCUGGGCCAGUCGGUCUCCCUACCUGUAGAGGUGCCAAACAAUACGACGGUUUCUGAGGUUAGCUGGACACAAUCUUCAACCAAAACCAAAAUUGUUGGAUUGGCAAGAGGCAGCAUUGAAUAUUUUGGCAGUGAAGAGUACAAGAAACGGAUAUAUUUUCAUCCUGGGAACUUCAAUCUCCAAAUCAGUGACUUACGGAGAGAGGAUACUGGGCAAUAUGAGGUAACUGUAACUGUAACUUCAGGAAAACAAACAUUUGAGACAGUUCAACUGGAUGUUUACGAGGCUGUGACAGGAACAAACGUCAACAUUGUAAACAUUGCUAAGUGCAAUGUGACGCUGAGGUGCUCCGUGAACGCAGGCAGUAACGUCAGCUUCACCUGGUGGAGGGGACAGGAAGCGUUGGGAAAUGAGCUCACCCAUCGUGUCUUUGAAAAUGGAGAGAGUUCACAGCUUUUGUUCACAGCAGAGCCCAAUGAGAGAGCUGUGAGAUGUGAGGCCAGCAAUCCAGCCAGUCACAAAACGGCAGAGAUCAAACUGGAAGAUGUCUGUAAGGGAAGUGUAUCUGACUUUUCAACGUACUUACCUUAUGUUGCACCUAUUGUGGUUAUACUAUUUCUCUGUCCUGUGUGCUAUGUUCUGAAGAGACAAGUUACUUUGUGGAAAACAUCUUUGCAUGAUGAAGCUUCAAAAAACCAGCAAAAAAUGCAGCAUGUUACGGAUAACCCAUCAACUGUUUACUCUCAAGUGCAACCGAUAUCUAGAAAACAUGAAGAAAAAUGACCUCCUCCAGAAGGAAAUGAAAUGAGUGUAAUACACAAUGACACUUGUGAGUUACCGACCACAGUGUAUGAUACCAUCAAGCCGCCUGGAAACUAGAGCCUACAUCACAGGAUUCAAUUCAGGAUAAUCUCAGAUCCCUGCCUGUUCUGUACUGUGAGGCCAACCCAGCCUGGGUGAACAAGGACGGAGGACAAGAUUAGUCCUUAAGAGAGUCUGUGUGUGUGUGUUGUGGGAGAGAGUGUGUGUGUGUGAGAGAGAGUGUGUGUGUGUGUGU